GGAAUUUUCUUGCUAACAGUGUGCCUGAAUCUAAUUCUGUUGAUGGUUUUAGGUACAGUUUGUCCAAUUUCUCAGGUGUACAUCUGUUUGAUUCUUGCUGGUGACAUAUACGCUGUGCUGCUAGUCAGAUUUAUUAUUUAUCUUGGGCUGAUGGCACACUUGCCAGGCAGUUAGAUAAGCAUGUACAGACUUUGGUGUCUUUUUGAUAGUGGUGGUGAGCUGACCCUGAACUGGCCCUGAAGGGGUUCUCUCUUGUGAGACCAGCCAGGUAAAAAAUAUGUUGAAAUGUAGCCACAUUUACUAUUGUGAAGUAUUUACUAUUCUUUUCAUUUCUUCUCUGUUCACAGGUGCUCUGGAAAAUCAAUUCAAGGCUAAUUAUUAUUUUUUCUUUAUUCAUUAUCCACAGUUGCCUUGGAAAGUGCAUUCCUGGCUGAGUGUGGUGCGUGUGCCUGCUACUCGUGUGGUGGUGCUGCUGCUGCGUGAAGCCUCUGCCGUGGGAACCCACCACAAAUAGCUAAUGGAUUCUGUAUGACGGGAUCAGCAGCAGACAGAAUUGCAGUGAUGUAUUAACAUGCCUAGGGCCUUUGUUGGAAGCAUCCCCUGUGAUAUAGUGGACGAGAACCUGGAGCUCUAUGACACACUGACAAGGGAGAAGGUUACUUGUCGCUCCAAGGCUAAGCUGGUUGGCCCCAUGAACGCCACUGUCUACGUUACUGGAAGAGGGGCAUCUGAAGUGACCAAGACAGGAAUGUAUGUGGACUCCCAGGACAGAUUGUACCAGUUCCAUACAUAUGCUGGUAUGCGCAAUGUGAGUCCUCUCAGGGGGUCCUCUCAGGGCGGCACGCUGUUCACUAUUGAUGGUGCUGGCUUUGACCCAUACAAGGAGCAGACCAAGGUGUUGGUGGGGGGUGCUCAGUGUGCCAUCCAGGACAUCACUGAUGAGCAAAUUCGGUGCCUCACUCCAACCCAAGGGAAGGCCUCGGCCGGCUCAGGUCAGUUCACUGUCUUGCUGGUCAUCACUGUACAGGGAGUCCUCAGUUUACAGUGAUCUCAGUUUCUGCCGUUUUGGGGGUGCGAUGCAGGCAGUUCUUCCCCCCCCCU